CGCGAAAGGCCACCUCGGCAGCGACAGCUUGGGAGAUAGGUGAAAGCCAGCUUGGUUCUCUGCGUCCUCGGACUGGGCAAGAGAGUGAGAAAAAAGCGAAGAGCUUGUGAGCCCGGGCCGUUGCCUCGCAGCUCUGGCCGCUCUCCCUCCCCGACCCCCGCCCCCGGUUCGUUUGGAUUUAAUCUUCAGGUUGCCGGCGCCCGCCCGCCCUCCCGCCGGCCUCGCGGAGUGAGGGGAAACACCCGUGCCAGAAGCUGGCGCCUGCCGAGUCCGAACACCCGCCCGUCCGCGCAGCUUGCCCGAGACAGUCGCGUCCCUGAAACUCGGGGUCGUGUUUGUGUUUGACCCGCGGGCGCUGACGGCGGGGCGCGCGGCCGAGGCCAGUGCCGGCAGGGCGGGGAGGGCGCGGCGGAGGAAGAGGGAGCGGGAUCCCUGGGAGGCCGGGCGCCGCCAUGGAACUGGGCCCCGAGCCCCCGCACCGCCGCCGCCUGCUCUUUGCCUGCAGCCCCCCUCCCGUGCCGCAACCUGUCGUGAAGGCGCUGUUCGGUACGCCAGCCGCCGGAGGCCUGUCGCCUGUCACCAACCUGACGGUCACCAUGGAUCAGCUGCAGGGACUGGGCAGUGAAUAUGAACAAACACUGGAGGUGAGGAACAGCAGUCUGCAGAGAAUGGGCUCCUCCGAAUCAACUGAUUCAGGCUUCUGUCUGGAUUCUCCUGGGCCCUUGGACAGUAAAGAAAACCGUGAAAAUCCCAUGAGGAGAAUAAAUUCCCUACCUCAGAAACUCUUGGGGUGUAGCCCAGCUCUGAAGAGGAGCCAUUCUGAUUCUCUUGACCAUGAUGUCUUUCAGCUGAUUGACCAGGACGAAAACAAGGAAAACGAAGCUUUUGAGUUUAAGAAGCCAAUAAGACCUGCAUCUCGUGGCUGCCUGCACACUCAUGGACUGGAAGAGGGUAAAGAUCUCUUCACACAGAGGCAGAACUCUGCCCCAGCUCGGAUGCUUUCCUCAAAUGAAAGAGAUGGCGGUGAACCAGGGAAUUUCAUUCCUUUUUUUAUGCCCCAGUCACCUGUGACUGCCACUUUGUCUGAUGAGGAUGAUGGCUUCAUGGAUCUUCUGGAUGGAGAGAAUCUGAAGAAUGAUGAAGAAACCCCGUCCUGCAUGGCGAGCCUCUGGACAGCCCCCCUUGUCAUGAGAAGAACUACAAACCUGGGCAGUCGAUGCAAGCUGUUUGACUCCCCGUCCAUGUGUAACUCCACCAUCCGGUCAAUGUUGAAAAGACCAGAUCGAUCACAGGAGGAGUCCCCAUGUGGAAACAGGAAGCGGAGGAAGAGUGUGGCUGGGGCCAAUCCGGAAGAGGCAGCUAGUCCAGAGAAGCCUCAGGAGAUUUUACAUCAGUCUUUAUCCCUGGCAUCUUCUCCGAAAGGGACCAUUGAGAACAUUUUGGAUAAUGACCCAAGGGACCUUAUAGGAGACUUCUCCAAGGGUUAUCUCUUUCAUACUGUUGCUGGGAAGCAUCAGGAUUUAAAAUACAUCUCUCCAGAAAUUAUAGCAUCUGUUUUGAACGGCAAGUUUGCCAACCUCAUUAAAGAGUUCGUUAUCAUUGACUGCCGAUACCCAUAUGAAUAUGAGGGCGGCCACAUCAAGGGUGCAGUGAACUUGCAUAUGGAAGAAGAGGUUGAAGACUUCCUACUCAAGAAGCCCAUCGUACCUACAGAUGGCAAGCGUGUCAUCGUGGUGUUCCACUGCGAGUUCUCUUCUGAGCGAGGCCCUCGCAUGUGCCGAUACGUGAGAGAAAGAGAUCGUCUUGGGAACGAGUACCCCAGACUCCAUUACCCAGAGCUGUAUGUCCUGAAGGGUGGAUACAAGGAGUUCUUCCUGAAAUGCCAGUCUCACUGUGAGCCCCCCAGCUACCGGCCCAUGCACCACGAGGAUUUUAAAGAAGACCUGAAGAAGUUCCGCACCAAGAGCCGGACCUGGGCUGGGGAAAAGAGCAAAAGGGAGAUGUACAGCCGUCUGAAGAAGCUCUGAGGGUGUUGGUGCCAGACUGCAGCAGCCUGAGCCUCCCUCCCUCCCCUUCUUCCCCCCUUAGAGAAAAGGGGCCAGCUGUGUGACGUUUGGAGAGAAGGCCUGGGGCUUCCAUGCCCUAAACCUACCUCCCACACUCCCAGGGUUGGAGCCCAGAGCAUCGUGCAGGUUCUUCUGUCCCUGUCAGUCUUCCUCCUACAGCGGGAUGGUCUGCCACAGCUGUCACGUACCACAGCACAGUUCCAAGCACCAAGUCAAGACGUUCUGACUCCUCAUCCUCCACAGUUGGAUGGCCACCUGGGGCCUCCCUGGGCAUUGGCCUUCUCUCCUGAGGGGGUGGGGUAGGAGAGUCAGAGUGGAGAAGAGUAACACAAACGGAAAUGCUGCUGGCCAAAUACCAAAGAGGCCUGGGACAGAAAGGUCUUUGUGGGACAACCCAUAUCAUUAAUUUAUUCAGUUUCAUCAAUCACUUUCUUUUCUUUUUUUUUUAAAUUAACUCCCGGAGACUUAUUUAACUGCUUCUAUAAGUUACAAUACUGCCAUUCUAGGUAGGGUUUUAUCAUCCCAGGGACUACCUCUGCCUUUAAUUUAAAAAAAAAAAGACAAAAGGAAGGGGAAGAAGAGUGACAUGAAUUGUGAGACAGAACUAGAGGCUGUGUCACCCCCAGGAGGCACUGCAGUACUGGGGCUGCUGCUAUUUACAGCCAAGGACUGAGAUACUGAUGGGAGCAAGCACCAGACUUGGCUACAGGACAUAAGCUAAACCUCCCAGACCUACCUCGAAGGCCCCUGAGAUCUGAGAGGGUGACCCUGCUCUUCCUCACCCCACUUCCCUGUGAUGUUGCCUGGUAUAGGGAUCACAUUCGGGAAAGCACUUCAGGCAGCUUCCAUUGCACCACCUCCAGGUCAGUGUUGGAACAAGGUAGAGUAGAUACCCCAGUGUAAGGGGGGCAGGGAUGGGGGCACUCUGGGGGCUAAGGGAAGAAAGUAUAUGUUGAGUGUCUUCCUUCUAUUACUCUGAUACUCUUUGAUAACUUCUAUUUUAAUUUUUUAAAAAUAGUCAAUUUAUGAGUCAAAGAGUAUCAAAUCAAUGUUGGCUGGGCCACCAAGGGUGGGGAGAGGAGCUGGAAGCUCCGGGCAUUAGAAAGGGAUGGGUGCUGGCAGAGAUCUCAACUAUAGAAUGUGUUUUUCAGGAGGCAGCAAGGUCAUUUUGAAGGUAAAACUUUUGAGUUUAUCAUGUUUUAAUUUGAGGGACAGGGAGAAAUGGAUCAUCACCAGUUGCCCCUCAUCUAACGCCAUAGAAGUGGAGUCUCAAAGGAACACCUCCUGAGGAGCUGGGGCUGAGUUAAUUGUAGACAGGCCUGUUUGGUUCCUGCUUAUCCCCACCCUUAGGCACCAGCUUCCUCACCAUCUCUGCUCCAUUGGAGUGUAGUCCAGUUUUUCUUACAUAUGUAAGAGUCAAGUCUACCCUCUUGCCUCCUGUUCUGGGAGUGGAGAGGAAAUCAGUGAUACUGGAGGUGACUGGUUGCUAUGUCAUGGGUUUGAGUUGCAUUUGGCUGUAACACAAUCUUGUUAGAAAAAGUAUGUGGGGAGAGGCAGAGAGGGAGAAGGCCUCUCCCCACACACAGUGAGACACAUCUUAAUUGGUCUCUAAUCUUGUUUGUAGGGAUUCUGUUGGUUGAAUGCCUGAAGAGGGAGGUGGGAUGGCCUUCAGAUUGUACCAGCUCAGCUAGCAUUGCUAACCAACUGUUGCAGGCUCUGAAAAUAAAAACAAUCUUGAACCCA